UCGCGCUGUUUUCUGGCCACCGCCACUUGGACACCUCCUCCUCUGCUAUCCCUCUGUGCCACGAUGCCCUGCCUUGGAACCAGACCUCCACGGACUGAAACCACCACACACGAUUGUCACGGUAACGAAAGGGAUUUGGAACAGCCUUACCAACAAGUUGUGCUGAGUCACUCUAUCUCCACAUGCGAAAGAGUGAAGUUGGAUCCUUACUUCAUCCCACAGAUAGAAAUUAACUUCAAAUGGACCAGAAGUUCAGAAGUAAACUCUUCAAAAGCAGAAUCUGGGCGUCGGUGCCACAUCCUCAGUCCUCUGAACAGCGGAUGGAUGCUGACUACACUGAUGCUGAGUUUACAGAAAUUAAGUCGCUAUAAAGACAGUUAUAAAAUUCAGAUCAGUGGAAGUGAAUGUAAUUUGUGCCUUACUGUCAUGGAUACAGAACACUACAGGGCACUGACGAAUGAGAAAUAUAUAGCUGAGGGCACAGUCAAGUUUGGCAAGGACGGACUGAAACUGAAGGCCACAGCCACGGACAGUAACAGAGGUCAGAACAGGAGAACUGGGAAUAUUGACAUGGACUGGCUUCCCCAGCCAAGACAGGGUGAUCGUAUGAUCCACGCCUGGCCAACUGUCACAGUGGGAAAGCCGCAACCUGAGGAAACCUGCACUCCCGCCCUAAGUCACCCGCGGGCCCAGUCUCUCCGCAGCCGCUCCACCCCGGGCUCGCGCCCCGGGUUACUCGGUGGGAAGGACUUUCACCUUCGCCUUCCUCCUCGGGCCGCGUCCCCGGUGCGGAGCGCAGCGCCGCGUGCACGUGGGCGCGGUCCCCCCGGACCUCCCUCCCGUGAGCCGAGUCCGGGGGAGGCGGUGAGCGCAGCCCCCCGCCCGGACACUUCACCCGGAAGGGUUUUCCCGACCAAUCACCAUGCCCGGCUGUCCGCGUCGGCCCCCUCGGCCCUUCGGCUGCUCGGUCCUUCGGCCGUUCGGCCCUUCGGCUCCUCGGCCCCUCGGCUGUUCGGCCCCUCGGCUCGCCCAGUCCCUCACGCUCUGGCUGGGCCCGCUCGGGCGCUCCCUCCUUGCUCUCGCUGGUGUGAGCCCCCCUUAACCACUUCCGGGUCCCGCGUCGCUCCGGAAGCCCGCAAGUUCCGGAAGCCCGAGGAGGCCGCGCUGGCCGCGGACAAGGCGAGCCUUCCAGAGAAUGGGCCUGAGAAAGUUCCGCGGAGCGGCCGCGGCCGCCGCGCCGCCAAGGUCAGUGUCUGCCCGCGCGAGGCGAGAGCGCGCCCAGGUCGCCGCGGCCGGCCGGAGCCCCGCCUGGCUCCGCGCGCCCCCCUCGGCGGCCCUGGGCUCCGGCUUCCGGGAAGAAACGUCAGCUUCUGGUUUCGGGAAAAGCAGUAA